AUGCCAAACAAGCCACAAUUAUGUCAAUCAUUUUCGGAUCAUGUUCUCUAUAGUAGUGAUCAAUUACCACCAAAAGUUGAUUUUCGAGCGGCCAUGACACUCGUCGAAGAUCAAUCGAGAAUUGGCAGUUGUGUGGCAAACACUCUUGCUGGAGCCUAUGAAUAUUUAGUAAAGAAAGCAAAUAGUUCUGAAAUCGAUGUAAGUCGUCUCUUCAUAUAUUAUAAUGGUCGUGCAUCCGAUGAUCCAUCAGGUAAUCUUACUGAUUCGGGUUGCUCAAUGACAAAAGCGAUUGAAACAUUAGAAGAAUAUGGAGUUUGUCUGGAAUCGAUGUGGCCUUAUGAUAUUUCAAUGGUCAAUGCACGUCCUGAUCAACAAUGCUAUCAAGCAGCUGAUGAUUAUAAAAUUACAGAAGCAUUGAAAAUUGAGAUAGAUUUAUAUCAAAUGAAAUCUUGCUUAGCACAAGGCUUUCCAUUUGCUUUUGGUUUAAAAUUAUUUACAUCAUUUGAUAAGGCAUCUAAAUCAGGUAUUGUACCAAUGCCAAAUGACGAUGAACAAAGUCGAGAAUCACAUGGCAGUCGAUUAUUAUAG